AUGGCCUUAAAACCGUGCAAAUUCCGAGUGUAUCACCUUACAAAUUUUGCUAAGGAAUGGUUUGAAUGUCUACCUACAGAGCAAGUAUCCACGUGGAAGGACAUAGUGGCUGCUUUCCUCGACAAGUAUUACCCGCCGGGCACCAUAUUGAAGCUGAAGAGUGAAAUCUUCCAGUUCAUCCAGCGCCCAAACGAGCCUCUUUAUGUGGCCGUUGCUCGUUUCAAAGGAUUACUCCGCAAGUGCCCCAACCAUGGUUUCACCGUGGACCAGCAGGUAGGCAUUUUAUAUAAUAGCUUUAACAAGCAAAUUUGCGCUAUGUUGGAUUCAUGGGGGAACAAAGGAUUCCUAAGGAAGAGCGGAGCAGAGGCUAUGGCGGUGAUAGAGGAAUUUGCCACAAAUAGUUGCGGGUGGUCAAAAGAGAGGCAUCAAACGAGGAGAGUUGCAGUAGUAGAGGCAGACGAGGAGAGCUCCUUGGUGAAGGAGUUGGCGGAGCUAAAGGUAAGGGUGAAUCAGAUGGAUACAUCGAGGAGAGAAGAUCCGAUUCCACCGACCUCCAUUAUCGCAAUCACCAAACCCGACGCUGAAGCCGCUCCCAUUGAGGAUGUCAACUAUGUGCAACAAGGAGGCAGUCCCAACAGAUCCUUUAACAACAAUAAUUAUCGCCCUAAUCAUGGGGGUGGUAAUUACAAUAAUUAUAAUGGGAACCGUCCUCAUCCCAACCUUUCGUACUCUAACAAUAAUUUCUUGCAGCCCCCUGCAGGAUUGAAUGCGAGUAAAGAUAGAAAGACCAACGACACCAAGAUUGGAGUCUUGGAAGCAAGGUUGAACAACCUCGAGGCUGGAAUAAACACGCUCACAACUGCUGUCACCUCAAUCAAAAAUCAGAUGGACCAAGUCCAACAAAAGUUAGAGGAGGACAAGAAGGCAGCAGCGCGAGUUGCAGACAUUAACAAAAAGUGGGUCGCGAAGCAGAAAAAAAGCACCUCUGGGGCUCAAACCGGAGUCUGCCCGACGCCCAGCGCACCGCUGCAAGCUUCGCAGCGGGCCGCUACCGUGCCAGCAGAAACUCCCGCGCCCAAGGAUGCUCUCGUGCGUCACAAUGGGAUUGAAAUACCUAGGUAUGCGAAACUACUUAGGGAGGCCGUGAUGCGAAAGAAGAAGCCUACAAAGGCUGAUCUUAAGUUGCCUCUUCAUUGCAGUGAGAUCAUUCAACGGGAGAAAACAGUAAAGCAGAGAGAUCCUGGCCAGUUCAUUAUCAAGUGUUCAAUCGGCCAAGGAAAAGUAGACAAGGCACUGUGUGAUCUUGGAGCUAGCAUCAACAUCAUGCCACUCAAAUACUACGAAAAGCUCAAUAUCGGGCCACUUAUGAAGGCAAACUGCAUGAUUAGGUUCGCCGAUAACUCCACAAUUAAAGCGGUGGGCAUGAUCGAGGAUGUGUUGGUAAAAGUAGAUGAUUUCAUUUCCCGCUGA